AUAAAUCUGUCAUAGACAAGAAAUUUAUGAGCCGUCAAGUCAAGUCAACGAGAGUCGUCAAAUUCUAUAGUGCUUGUACAUAUUUUCAGUUUUCCGCCAAAGUCCAGUCAUCUAUAUUUGCCAAAAUGGCAGAAGGCCAAGAUGAUCCCAAAAAAAUCACAAUUACAGUAAAAACCCCAAAAGAAAAACAACAAGUGGACAUUGAAGAAGAUGCCGACAUUAGAAAAUUGAAGGAAGCGCUCGGACCGCGGUUCGGAGCGGAACCUGAGCAGCUAUGUCUUAUCUUUGCCGGAAAGAUAAUGAACGAUGGCGACACGCUGAAGCAGCACAACAUCAAGGACGGGCUGACAGUCCACCUCGUGAUCAAGACGCCGCCUCGGCCCGAGCCGGAGGGCGGCCCGCGCCGACCCCCAGCUGAUAUUGGAGCUACUCCAUUUGGAUUGAACUCAUUAGGAGGUUUAGCUGGGCUUGAGAGCUUGGGUCUUGGACAGAGCACUUUUAUGGACUUGCAGGCCCGAAUGCAACAAGAGCUCCUGUCUAACCCCGACAUGCUGCGCCAGGUGCUGGACAACCCGCUAGUGCAGCAGAUGAUGAAUGAUCCCGAGAACAUGCGCACGCUCAUCACCUCCAACCCGCAGAUGCAGGACCUUAUGGCUAGGAACCCGGAGAUAAGCCACAUGCUGAACAACCCCGAGCUGCUGCGGCAGACCAUGGAGCUGGCGCGCAACCCCGCUAUGCUGCAGGAGCUCAUGCGCUCCCACGACCGCGCGCUCUCCAACCUCGAGAGUAUCCCGGGAGGUUACAACGCAUUGCAACGCAUGUACCGCGACAUACAAGAACCCAUGCUGAACGCUGCCAGCAGUAUGGCCGGAAAUCCCUUUUCGGGGCUAGUGGAUAAUUCGGACGGCACGAAUCCGCAACAAGGCGCCGAGAACCGUCAGCCGCUACCCAACCCGUGGCAGCGCGGCGGCGGCGGUGGCGGGGGAGGCGCGGGGGGCGCGGGGGGCGCGGGCUCCGGGCCCGGCCUCAUCAACACGCCCGGCAUGCAGUCGCUGCUGCAGCAGAUGUCCGAGAACCCGCGCCUAGUGCAGUCCAUGCUGUCGGCGCCCUACACCAACAACAUGCUGGAGGCGCUCGCCGCCGACCCCGACAUGGCCAGCCGGCUCAUCAACCAGAAUCCCAUGUUCGCAAACAACCCCCAACUUCAAGAGCAGAUGCGAACUAUGAUGCCGCAGAUGCUCGCUCAGCUACAGAACCCUGAGAUGCAGCAGAUGAUGUCUAAUCCACAGGCGUUGAACGCGCUGCUGCAGAUCCAGCAGGGCAUGGAGCAGCUGCGCACGGCGGCGCCCAGCCUCGUCAACAACCUCGGGCUCGGCGCGGGCGCCGCCGCCGCCGCCGCCGCCGCCCCGCCCGCCCCCCCGCCGCCCUCCACGCCCGCGCCGCAAGCGCGCCAGCAGCAGAACGAGGAGCUCUUCUCGCAGUUCAUGCAGCGGAUGGUAUCAGCUAUGGCCAACAACCAGAAUAACUCGUCGCAGCCACCAGAGCAGCGGUACUCGCAACAACUCGAGCAACUAACGGCCAUGGGCUUCCUCAACAGGGAGGCCAAUCUGCAAGCUCUUAUCGCAACAUUCGGCGACGUGAACGCGGCCGUGGAGAGGCUACUGGCGCUGGGGCAGCUGUCCAUGAGCUAACACCGCGGCGUGCGCACGUACACACACACAUAGGCCGCGCUUACAUACAGCUGCUCUCCUGGUACCAGCGACACUCUUUACUGACCAUUUGUGAACUUUAUGUCCUUGUGAUAAGGUUUACGAGUUGACAGAUAACCAGUGCAGACGAUGGUGCCUGUAAUAAAAAACCUGUAGGAUGUAUAAAAUCGUGGCAGGCUCCUUCUACGCUAAGUCUGUAUGACGAGUGCUAUCAAGUAUGGCACGGUCAUGCGUUGUCAGUGCAAACUUAGCGUACACGGACGCCGAGGGCCUACCGUCAACAUCGAAAAAUAGAAAAACGUUAUCUGCCUCUCUAGCGUUCGAAUAUGCAAGAGUGAUACGGAGGCAGGUAACGUUAAAUUUCGAUUUUCGCGGUAGGGCUCUGGUCCAGUCAACGAAAAUUGAAUCCACUAGAUACCAGCAACAUUAACUUGGCUUUUGCAUAGUCUUUGACCGAUGGUGCUGCCAUAUAGUUUAAUGGGUUCAACUUAGCCACAUUUUGAAAUGCUAUAAGUGACUUGAUUAAAUCAUAUUAUUUAUUUUCCAAGGGAUAUGUUCUGGUAAGUUCAGUUUCAAUUUACACACAAGAUACGACUUUCUUUGUCCUCUUUUUGGAGUUUUAGUUUUUUAGACGGUAAACUCCUCUCACCUAACAUGGUUGGUAUGGUUUGAGAGCCAGUGUUCCUAGGCUUCUGUAUAUUAAAUCUUGUUUCUUAGUUAAAGUUCUUAGAUAAAAUUGUCUUUGUUGGUGUAAGAAUAACGCAACACUUAAAAAUAUACAGCAACAAAUAUUUACAUUUGUGAAGCUUAGAAAUAAAUUAAAAGUGGAAAAAAUUUACUGUCUUGGGUGGGACUUGAACCCACGACCCCUGCACUGAUUAUUUCUAAGCUUAAUAGCACCGGUCGCAGACGUCUCUGAUACAAAAUUAAUUUACAUUUGUUGCUGUAUAUGGCUUCCAUAUUUUUACCCUCAACCAAACUUAUUAGUCUCAUGUCAAAUUUUUAAUUUCUUAGUGAUAAUGUUGUUUAGGACACUUCUACUGAAUAUGUUGCGAACCGUUCCGUGCUAGUUUCAGGAGAGCGGCCAUUGAUAUUUGCACUAUUUUUUAUUUACAUUGUGGUGGGAGUUGUGUGAUUCUAUUUAUCAAUAUGGCUAGAAAUGGCUCUAUCGAAAUACUCGAAAGUGUUGAAUUGGAAUAAAUGUAUAAAAACAAAGUCGUUUUGUAUUGAGUUGCGUGAGGGCAUAAGUGAUACGGGGCAUUUAGUAGAGGUAGCGAGUUUUAGGAGUUGAGAACGAGGAUGACUGGUUUUCGAUAUUUCUUUAGUGCCAUUUCGAAGCCGUGGUUUGACGGCGCGGCGUGCCGCGGCGGCGCGAGGCUUGACUGUAGAGACCGUCAAGUACAUGUAAAUGUAUCUAUUCAACUGUAUAGGUGUUUCCUAUAUCGCAACUAAAAUUCAUUCCUUCUUGUUUUUUAGUUUAUAAAGGAAAUUGUUAAAAAUAGGAAUUUCAUAAAUAUUAUAGAAAAACGUCAGUUGUUUUCUGUGUUCUAUGAUACCCCAAAGAAAUAUAGAAAUAUUUCUGAGGUAUAAUUUAUAUAAUAGUGGUUUAUUUUAUUUCUUCAACGAUAUAAUGUAACUUUUGAGUUGCAUUAAGUAAAUCGGUUUAUGUAAAUAUUUUCCUUUGAAAAAGUAAAUGGAUAAGGAAGCGAUUCAGCAAUAAUGGAUGUGUCUACACAUAUGUGUCUGUUUCUAUUGUAGCAUCUAUUUUAUUAUUCAUGUUUGUAUUUUUUUUCGUUUGAUCGUGAAUUACAGUUUGUCACAAAUUUAUAUUGGGGCUAUAGAGGUUGGUUUCAAAUAAAUCGGCGGCGCUAUAUUUACU